AUGCACGCUUUUCGAAUUCUGCUUCACGAUUUCCAGCACCUGGAGAGAUUUCGAAACUGUGUCGAGGGAGAAGGCGGUGUACGGGUUUUGGAGCAGGUUGAGGAUGGUGUAGAUGACUGGUUUGGCGACGAUGGGCACGAACGUGUCGAGGUAGGGCAGUAUGACGUUCGAGACAAGCACGAGCAAGAUGUUGGAGAUUUCUGGGAACUCGGACGCUUUAGAGAGUGCUGGAUCAGCACCGACUUCUUGGCCGGUGUGAGCGAUGGGAGAGCCAGUAGACAAGGCACCAUGGCGUCCAUGAGCAUGGGGGCCACGCCGCUGCGAAUCACAAUGCUGGGUUUCUCGGACGGGGUAUGCAAUAUGGAUCUCAGCACGUCGAUGGCGGCGCAUUUCACAAACAUGUCGUGGUCUUCCAAGAAAUGUAGCAGAAACGGUAGGAUAAAAUGCCACCAGUUAUCGAGAUCGGCCGAGUCUAAUCUAUUGACGAUGAACGACAAGGUUCCGAUUUUGCCCAUGUAUUUGGUUCUGACCUCAUCUUUGAAAUCAAUGAAUGGUGUUCUCACGAGCGGCGUUUCGGUUUUGAACAGUUCAGACAAUAGAAUCCCCUUUUUGUGUGCGGUCGGGGACAUUUUUGAAGAUGGCAGGUUACUUUUGCUAAACUCUUUGAGCAUCGGGACUAGGAUUUCCAUCAGUUUGAAGAUAUCCUCCUUAGAUGGAUUCACCAACUCCAAAAUGUCUUUCAAAAUACGCACGCUUUCGCAACAUGACCACGGCCUUCCAAUGGACUCCUCACUGAAAAGAGUGUUCUCCCACUCACAGAGCCCGUCCUCGAGACCUUCCAAGAUCAAGAAACUCACCGACAGCAUCUUCAGCAUAUUCCACCGCAACGAUACCGACUUGACCAAUGAUACGUCUCUUAUAGCCAAAUCCAGACCCAACACCAGCUUGAACACCGACUCGUUCCGUUCGCAGUCGUCUCCAGUGACUGCUCGCCAGCUAAAGGAGUACUACGAGUCGAUCAAGCGCGAAAACAGCGUGUUGUACUCGAAACUCAAAGACGAAGACGAUACUCACAAGGCAGAGUCCACGAACUUGGCCGACGAGUCUACAUUGACGGUGCCGUCACGCGUUUCGUCUGCCUCUGUUCCUUCCAAACGCAAGAUCUCCACGUCGUCGGUGCUUCCCUCGAAGCAGAUCAAAAAACCGGCCCCAUCUUUCUCCAUCGACCCUAUAGAGCGUGCCCAGCUGGUGGUUUUGAAGAAACGGAUGCAAACCGACAGAUACCGCAAGUCCAGAAUGACGUAUCUUCGCGACCACACCAGGAACCUCGUGCACACGUCCUCGAACCUGUCUGCGAACCCAAAAUACAUUGACACGUCGGUGGAGACCAUCGAGCAACUUCCUCAGCCGUCUGCCCAGACUGCACUCAAACUUGUGCCGGGGAACAUUCCAAAAGAGAGAUUGAACCAAAACGGCAUUUUCAAGGCAGUUUUAGAUUAUGACGACGAAGAGCCAGAGCCUCAACCGGAAAAAAAGAUAGAUACCAAGCCAUUGACGGAAAAAAUCAAGUUUAGCUCCAAAACAGACAGCCAGCCGUUUGCAUCUUCGGGACUGGGUUCUUCUUUCGACACGGCAGCUAAACCAAAGUUUGUGGCCGAGAAAAAGGUCGAAAAGCCGCUGGAGUCUGCUCCAGUUAAACCUACACCAGCAUUUACAUUCACAGACAAGAAGGACACAGAAACCAAGCCAGUGGACAAGCCGACAGAGGAAAAGAAAGAGGCUCCAAAGUUUGCGUUUGGCAGCACCACCGAGGCUCCAAAAUUCUCGUUUGGUAGCACCGCCGAGCCACCAAAGUUCUCGUUGUCCACCCCAGAGCCCCCAAAACUGUCGUUGGCCAAUGGUAAUCAAAAGGACGAGGAGACGGAGCCAAAGAGAAAGAAGUUCACGUUUGGCGACAAGUCUGAAGAGACCCCAAAACCUUCGUUUUCGUUUUCGUCUGCUCCUGCACAGCCUAAGUCGAGCUUCUCGUUUGGGGCCAAGCCUGAAGAGCCAAAGAAAGAGCCGGCCGCGGCUUCUGUUGCAGCACCUGCUCCUUCGUUUUCCUUUGGAAACAAGCCGGCUGAACCGGCUGAACCAGCAGAGCCAUCCAAGCCGCAAGAGUCCAUGUUUUCGUUCGGAGCCAAACCAGCAGAGGAACCGAAAACAGAGACCCCAAAGUUCACUUUCUCCAGCUCUCUGGGCAGACCGGCCGAGGCUGCGAAGCCUGCAAACGGGUUCGGGUCGAGCUCGUUCACGUUCGGGGCCAAGCCAGAGGAGAAGGCAGAGCCUGCUGCUGCCUUUUCUUUUGGCCAGUCAACCAAAUCCGAGACGCCGCCAACCUCGUCCGAGCCGUCCACCACGGUGGAGCCUCCAAAGUCCAACGACUCGGCCAAAUCAGCACCAUUUGCAUCUGGGUCUUCUGCUCCUGCCAAAGAGCCAGAGGCCAAGCCGUUUAGUUUUGGAGCGGCCGGAAACGACGCCAAACCGGCAGAAACAAAACCGUUUAGUUUUGGCUCAGCUCCCAAACAGGACCAGAAACCCGCAGAGACCAAACCGUUCAGUUUUGGCGCGGCCAAGCCCGAGUUUUCGUUUGGCUCCAAGCCUGCAGAGCCUGCAGCGGCACCAGCGUUUGGGGCCUCGACGAACUCUGCGUUUGGCGCACCCGCCUCAACUCCAUCCUCGUCUGCGUCUGGAUUCUCGUUUGGAGAGGCCUCAAAGCCGGCCAACCAGUUCACCUUUGGGGGUAGCACUGCGGGCAAAGACACAGCCGCGGCUGCUGCGCCUGCUCCGGCGUUCUCGUUUGGCUCGAACAACGGGUUUGCGUUUGGUAAACCGCAGGGUGGGGCCCCCACCUCUGGCUCGUCUGGGUCUGGAGGGUUUGGUUUCUCUGGUGGCUCGCUGACCAACCCUGCGGCGGGACAGUCUGUGUUCGGCAACAACACACCGCAGCAGGGCAACAAGAUCUUCAACUUCCAGGGCCAGCCGGCAGCCCAAACCCCCACUGGGUUCAGCGGGUUCAACCCGUCGCGGUCGGCUACCCCAAACUUUGACUUCACGGGUGCGCCCAGCGCGUCCAACGUCGACCCCUCCUCCACCGAUGCAGACAAGAACCUCUUGUACCUCACCAUCAACAUCACGGAUCCCGAAAAGCCUCAGAUCGAGCUCACCCCCACCAGCCUGAAGUUUGAGGCCGUCUCCGGCGGCCAGAAGUACAAGCUGGAUCUUGAGUUCUACGAAGAGGUCGACGACAAGCGGUCCAAGUACGAGAUCACCGGGUCUCACGUGUUUUUCGUGCUGUACAAAAAGACGCUCGGCCAGGAGUACUGGCCAAGACUCACCAAACUUAAGCUCAAGUACCAUUUCAUCAAGACCGACUUUGACAAGUGGGCGGAUGAGGACGAGCAGGACGAACUACAGGACGACGACCUCAACAAGUCUCUGGGCGAUCUGAACUCGUUUGGCGACGAUCCGAUCGACUUUGCCAAAUUGGCCGCCCAGAAUGGCGGUCAAUUCCCGUCGUUCGACCCGGACUCCAUCAACGAGGCCAGCAGCUCCGACGACGAGGACCAAGAGGAGAAAUAA